AUGGCCACCGCGUCUCCAGAACUUCCUCCCGUUAGCUUAAGUCCUUCAGUGCUCUCCAAGUUCUUGGUUAUGGAGUAUUUGGCUCAUCCUGGUACACUCAGCUUGGCUGCUGGAGUUGCUUGUGGCAUGUGCCUGGACUGAGGCCUCUGGCGUCACCUUGGGAUGUUCCCCCAGAACUCAACAAGUGAGGCAAAUAGAGAUACAGAGACAGGAACCGAAGGAACAGGAGAGAGUGGGGAGUACAAAAUGAUUCUUGUGGUUCAAACUGACCUAAAGAUGGGAAAAGGGAAGGUCGCUGCCCAGUGUUCUCAUGCUGCUGUUUCUGCCUACAAGCAGACUCAAAGGAGAAACCCUCAAGUGCUCAAGGAGUGGGAAGACUGUGGCCAGCCCAAAGUGGUGCUCAAAGCCCCAGAUGAAGACAUCCUCAUUGGAUUACUGACCCAUGCAAAGAUGUUGGGACUGACUGUAAGUUUAAUCAAAGAUGCUGGACAUACUCAGAUUGAACCAGGCUCUCGAACUGUCCUGGGAAUUGGGCCAGGCCCAGUAGAACUAAUUGAUGAAAUUACUGGCCACCUAAAACUUUACUAGAUGAGCUUUUGUGCAAUAUGAUUCUGUCUGAAAACUGAAGCUUGUCAGUAACAAUAAAAGCUUAACUUUUGCCCCACUUUAA